GCCUGCCGGCCAGCGUAAUUAUGCGCUAGAGCGUGCGCGCGCACCUCAUUUAUGUACGAGUUUUGCGCAUGCGGUAUUAUAUACGCACGCGCGUUCACGAUCGACAAAAAAUGGCCGCCACAGCGGACGUCGUGGCUAUGGAUGAAGGAGAGACAGCGAGCCAAGAGACGGCCCAAGAGUCGCCCGCUAGUCCGUCAGUUGAACUACUAGGAACAGAGCUUGCAAGGAUUCCCAAGAAAUGGUACGAAUUUGGGCAAAAGAUGGGUCUGGAGACCACUCAACUCCACUUGAUUGAGACCGAGGGCGGUGACAGAUAUUGGGGAGACAGAGCUGGCGGAACAACUGGCAACGAAAUACGGAGUGGAGAGAGAGGAGACGGGAGAGGAGGCUGGAGAGGAGGGGGGAGAAGAUGGAGGAAGUAAAGUCCCUGAACUCAAAGUUCAGAAAGAAGAAAUCCGAGCUCUUCUGACCAAGAAACUCGAGAAAGGAGACACCUGGUACCUGAUAGACGUGAGAUGGAUGAAGCAGUGGAAGAAGUACACUGGCUACGAAACGUGGGACCAAUCGUACUCUGGGGAACAAUCUUACUUCCCCGGACCUCUAGACACUUCCAACCUGUUUGCCGGGACCGAGUCGCACGCGCUGAAAGAGCAUCUAAUGGAGGAAUUGGACUACAGUUUGGUACCGGAAUCUGCCUGGAACAAACUGGUUGUGUGGUACGGGGUAUCGGACACUUCACGACCGGUUGCCAGGACAGUGGUGGAGUAUGGUCUGUACAUGAAGCACUGUAAGGUCGAAGUCUACCUACUGAACUUUAAACUCAGUCUCCAUCCGAAGCUCUCUGAAACCGUCACCAAGUCUUUCAGUAGAGCUGACACUGUUGCUGAACUUGAGAAGGAACUCCGCCAUACAUUCAAUGUGGAGGAGAAGACAGUGUGUAGAGUCUGGCACCGCUACAUGUCACACACGUACGAACUCCUCAGUGACUCCAACCAGACCCUCCAGGACGCCGGACUGUACAACAUGCAGACCAUAGUUCUGGAGUGUCAGAAAGAGGACGGGAGUUGGCCCAGAGCCACCACCCAGGCAUCGUACCAAGCAACUCAUUCUACCAGGUCCCAGGACUCCAUCACCGGGUCUACCUCGUCAAGUGCUCAGAGUACUUCAAGCUAUCGAAGUGGGGGAGGGGGCUCUUAUUGGAGUGGCUCCUACUCCCAGCAACCAACUCAUCCCGGACUCUGCGGUCUCAGUAAUCUCGGUAACACGUGUUUCAUGAACUCUGCUCUCCAGUGUCUGAGUAACACUGAACCUCUCACCGAAUAUUUCACUGGCGGAGCCUACAAGAAACACAUCAACAAGAAAAACCCACUAGGGAUGCAGGGCCAGGUGGCAGAGACGUACGGGACUCUACUGGACGACAUGUGGAGUGGCAACUCAUGCAGCACCUGCUCCCCGCGACAGUUCAAGACGGUGGUAGGCAGAUUUGCCCCUCAAUUCUCAGGCUAUCAGCAGCAGGACUCUCACGAGCUGCUGGCCUUUCUCCUCGACGGACUCCACGAGGACCUGAACCUCGUUCUCAAGAAACCGUACGUCGACAUGUCCGUCAAGACUGAGGGCCGGGAGGAGAAGGAUAUAGCGGAGGAGUCAUGGUACAAGUACCUGCAGAGGAACCAGAGUGUUGUGGUGAAGGUCUUCCAGGGACAGCUGAAGUCAACACUCGUCUGCCCACAGUGCAGCAUGCUCUCGAAGACGUUCGAUCCAUUCAUGUACCUCUCCCUCCCACUCCCCGUCAAGAAGACAAGGAAAAUGGAAGUCAUUGUCGUAUACGCCGACCCCAACAAACCUAUGGUCAAGUACUCACUGAUAGUGCCUAAGAGAGGGACAAUAAGUCACUUGAAAACUGAGGUAUCAGAGCAAACCGAGAUACCUGAUGAUAUGAUGGUGGUUGUUGACGUGUACAACAGUCGUUUCCAUCGCGUCUAUGACAACAAGGAAAACAUCUCUCACAUUCUUGACAGAGACGAUAUCUACGUGUACGAGCUGAGUCAUCAAGUAGGUGACAAGGAUUGGGUUCAUGUUCCGAUAUACCAUCGCGAGCUUGUGGUGAAGAAAGUCAACUAUGGCUAUUCAUACACUCAGCGGUACCACAAUUUGUUUGGUCUUCCAACCAUCAUCAGAGUGCCUCGCAACACCUCCACAUAUGACACUGUCUAUCAGGCCGUACUCGCCAGGUGCAGUAGAGAGGUAUGAUAAUGUUCAGUGAAGAGAGCCCCAGAGAGGCUAGGCAGAGCGCGACUGAGAAGGUGGAGAUGAAGGAGGAGACGAUGGAAGAAAGAGACCGUAAAGGUAGAAGAUGGGGAGGACCAGGCGGACGACUGAGAGGACAAGGAGGAGAAGACGCAUGGGUGUGUGAAGAGAUAGAGUACACAACACAGUGAAAAUGGAGAGGAAGAAGAAAUGCUUAAUUACGCGUAUUAAAGUACCUCUCAACAUAUCUUGUGUCUGUCCUCUUUAAACAUUGACACGUCACGGCGAUACCAUUUCAUUGCUGCCAUUAUUCCUUUUCUGCUCCAUACACAAGGACAUCCUCUCACAUCUACUUUUACAGGCCAGAGAAGAUGGCGACAACCACUCUAAACCAGAAAAACAGGUUUCCUCGGACAAUGAACCAGAUCCAAACAAGAAAAACUCGUCCGAGUUUCAAAUGUUCAAAUUGAUGGUAGUCAACUCGUACGGAACUCAGGACAUCAAGGAACUGCCUAGUGACGGGUCUCUUCUCAGACUAACCAAUCAGACGUACAUUGCCUGUGACUGGUCUACGGUGGUGAAAGACAAGUGCUACGAUCUGGAGGCCGCCUUGGAGAAGGAGGAUCGUAGUAAGUCUGAGGCACCUGAACCACCGAAGGAAAUAACACUCGACAACUGUCUCGACCUCUUCACAGAGAAAGAAAAACUUGGUAAGGAUGAUGAGUGGUACUGUCCGGAGUGUGAGGAAAUGGUUCAGGCAACGAAGAAAUUCGACCUCUGGAAACUGCCUCGCGUCCUCGUCAUACAUCUCAAGAGAUUCUCCUACAAUCGAUAUUGGAGAGACAAACUAGACACCUUCAUUGAAUUCCCUAUCAAGGGUCUGGAUCUGAGGAAGUAUAUGAAGGCCCCCGACCAGCCUGAGUCAGUCUACGACCUGUUUGCCGUCUCGAACCAUUUCGGAGGAAUGGGUGGAGGACACUGUGCGUUGUUGUACUCUCAGAGAUCGGCAGAGUAGUAAAUCUAUACCUUUUUGAAUACUUAAUGGAUUUAUGUUGGCAACAGCUUUUUCAAAACAAGUUGUAUUUUUUCUACUUCAUUGCCCUAGACACGGCCUAUUGCAAGAACAAGUCGACCGGGAAGUGGUACAACUAUGACGACAGCCACGUCUCCGAGGCCUCUGAAGACAGGAUAGUGUCUCCCUCAGCCUACUUGUUAUUCUACUGUCGUCGUGACGAGGGGAAAGUUGUCUGCCCACCUCUCAGUCGAACACUCAGUCAGACAUUUCGCGAAGAGGUUCGUAACUUACUAAUGGUGCUUUAGCUGAGGUGCCUCCUUUCACAAGUAGGGACAGU